CUACUAGUACAUCUUAAAAUCAAUAAAAUUGAGUUACAAAGCGAGAAAAACGUGUUCUUUACUUUAUAUAUUAGUGCAAUGUCUAUAAAAGUAAUGAUUGUAGAAUGUUCUUCGUUCUUCUUUGUACUCUGAUGACGUAUAACGAUAAAAGAUGGCAUUAGCGUCUCAGCUUCAGUCGAAGCACGGCAGCGUUUGUGGAAAAUGUCAAGUUUAAUUCAUUGUUUUUUUUCUCUGUCACUCUCGUAAAUCAUUCGUAAGUGCAAAAGUGAUAGGUGCGCUGCAUAAUGACGGAAUCCAAAGAAACGUCGGGAAUUAUAACCACUUUGUUUUAAUUUAAAUGUGUAAACAUUGCAUUUAUAUUCAUUUUCACGUGUGCCUGUGAUAUAUAAAAUUGGACAUAAUAAAUUGGAUAUUUGUGCAGUGACGAUGGAUCUUCUAGGGCUUCCCGUUGUUAUGAUCGAAAACAUUUUCUCGUAUUUAUCCUACGAUGAGAUCGCGAAGAAUAGAUUGGUGUCCAGAGCAUUCAAUGAGAUCAGCAUGCGGAUGCUGAACCGCGGCUUCAUGAUGAUUGAAAGACGUCACGCCAUGGCCCUCAAGAAUGUGAAGGCACAGCUUCCUAGGAGGGAGUCGGAGAGAAGAUAUCACCACUUAUCCCGCCACUGUGAUAUCCUAACGUCUAUAGAGACGCGUAUCUCUAUGCUCAACAUGACAUACUCCAAGUUCAUAGACAACGGACUCUGCUGCUUCAUUCCUGGAAAGGUCAUAGACGAGAUCAGACGUGUCCUCACAAUAGUAGAAACAUCAACCACUCCACCACGAGCUCACGAAGUGCUCCAGGAGUUGAGGGAUAUCUCCAGCAUGGCCAUCGAGCAAUUUGACGACAAGAUCGCCCCCGCCUUCCGCAAACGGCUGCAGCAGGGAGUCGUACAGCCUACCCCAAGACCCUCGCAUGCAGUGCUAGCUCCCCUAGCGAUCCGUCAAGAAAUGGUUCACCUCCGCCAGCGGUCCAUACUGAACGCCAAGUUCUCGAUAUACCUCGCCUCACAAUACAAGAAGUUCCACAAACAGAUGAUGGAGUACAAGAAGAUUGCGUGGCGACAGCAGAAGACUAUCAGGGAUCUCACCAAGAGGCAGCGGGAACAGGACAAUGCUAUUGCUGAUUUGAAGAAACGCAUCGAGGAAUGCGACAUAAAGUACAGUGAACUCACACACACCAACCAGGCCGUCGGAGGGAAGGCUAUAGCUGCGAGUGCAAGCAGUGAGGCGUCGUCAGCCGCCCAGCCCCUGCGUCACUUCUCCAGUCAGAUCAAGUUGGAUCUCUCCGUACUACCCAUUGGUACUUCCAAGAGAAAUAAUAAAUUACUACCAAACAUGAAGCCGCGGAAACCGCUGAUCAAGCUACCAAGCCUUUCAGAAGACGAUUCAGAACCGCCCCCGAAACUGCCAAAAAUGGACGAAAGUCGAUUCAACCCCACACCGUCGACUUCCAUGGACAAACAAAGUCCGAAAACAAAGUCUCAAACCACUAUCGCCAAAAUUAGGGGCAUUGCCAACGAAAUAAGAUAUCUCACAAAUCUCCCAAAGGCUUAUGAAGCCAAACUAAAACGCCCCCUAACGCUAACCAGUGAACUAAACGUACCUGAGACCAAAAAGCAGAAACUAGAUUAAGGUACUCGAUUUUAAACUUUAUCUCGUUUGUAUAGAGACGAAAGUUGAUUCGUAAGGUAUGCUAUGCGAUUUUGAGCUACAUUGCUAUGAGAUCUGCGGUCGAAAGUUGCUUGUAUGUGUAUUGACUCAGUUGCCAGGUUUUGCUACUAGAUGGCGGUGGUGUGCAGUUAAGUCUUGUAGGUCUAAAUGUUUGUGGUCGAAAAGUUUUGUGACUAAGUUAAAUAAUAGACCGAUGCCUUAUAAGAAAUCCUUUACUUCCAGUAGUUAAAAUGCCUUCUAAAUAGUCAUCUUUGCUGACACCAUAAAUAUUUUUCAAAGAAAUUUGAAAUUAUCUUUAGUAUUGAAGUUUGAAAUUAUUGAUGUAUGGUAUUACAUUCAAACCUUCAAGAAAAGAGCGUAUUCCUUUUUAAAUGGCCGGCAACACACCUGUGAC